GUCGCAGAAGUGUUCAACCAAUUGCAGGCACCAUUGAAGAUCAUGUGACCGGAGCAGGAAGCGUAAGUGAAGCGGCUAUUAUAGGUCCUUUGAAUCAUUAUACACGCGGUGUUUCUGACCGACUGAGAGGAAAAUGGCACCCACAGGUGAAGUUGUGUUUGGCUCUGGGGACCGGGUCUGUGAUGACAACCGCUUGCACUGGGAUCUCUCUCCCGACCGGAUCCAGCAGCUUACCGAAGAGCUUAUUGCCAAGACCAAAAAGGUGUAUGACAUGGUCGGAGAGCUGGACUUGUCCAGUGUCACCUAUGAGAACACCCUCAAGGCCCUUGCUGAUGUGGAAGUGGAGUACACAGUUCAGCGGAACAUGCUCGAUUUCCCUCAGCAUGUGUCCCCCUGUAAGGAUGUCCGUACGGCCAGCACUGACGCCGAUAAGAAGCUUUCAGAGUUCGAUGUGGAGAUGAGUAUGAGAGAGGAUGUUUAUCAGAGAAUCGUGGCACUGGGGGAGAAGCUCUCGGAUGAGAGUUUAACCCUUGAGGCCAAGCGUUACAUGGAAAGACUCGUUAAACUUGGCAAAAGAAACGGCCUUCAUCUUCCCAAAGAUACGCAGGAGGAGAUCAAAAAGAUCAAGAAAAAAAUGAGCACUAUGUGUAUCGAUUUCAACAAACACCUGAAUGAAGAUACAACUUGCCUCCAUUUCUCUCGUGAGGAACUCGGUGGGCUUCCCGAGGAUUUCCUUAACUCUCUGGAGAAGGAUGACUCUGGAAAACUAAAGCUCACUCUGAAGUAUCCUCAUUACUUCCCCACCAUGAAGAAAUGCUUCGUCCCAGAGACACGAAAGAAAUUGGAGGAGGCUUUCAACUCGCGUUGCAAAGAGGAGAACUCUGCUAUCCUGAAGGAGCUUGUAGAGUUGCGCUCUCAGAAGAGUAGCCUGCUGGGCUUCAGUACUCACGCCGACUUUGUGCUCGAGAUGAAUAUGGCCAAGACCUCCAAGACGGUUGCAACUUUCCUUGAGGAUCUGGCCCUUAAACUGAAGCCCCUGGGUGAGCAGGAGAGGGCUGUGAUCCUGAAGCUGAAGGAACAGGAGAGUCAGAAGAGGAACCUGCCCUUCACCGGAGAGCUCCACGCCUGGGACACGCGCUACUACAUGACCCAAGUGGAGGAGACUCAGUAUGCAGUGGAUCAGAACCAACUCAAGGAGUAUUUCCCAAUGGAGGUAGUGACCAAGGGCCUGCUGGACAUCUAUCAAGAGCUGCUCAAUCUCACCUUCCAGCAGGUGGAGGGCGCACCUGUCUGGCAUGAUGAUGUUACACUGUACUGUGUUAAAGACCGCAGCUCCAGCCAGGUCGUGGGCCAAUUUUAUCUGGAUCUUUUCCCCAGGGAGGGGAAGUACGGCCAUGCCGCAUGCUUUGGCCUGCAGCCCGGUUGUUUGCUUCCAGAUGGGACCAGGCAGAUGGCAGUGGCUGCCAUGGUGGCUAACUUCAGCAAGCCCACCGCUGACGCACCGUCCCUGCUGCAGCAUGAUGAAGUUGAAACCUACUUCCAUGAGUUUGGACAUGUGAUGCACCAGCUUUGUGCUCAGGCCGACUUUGCAAUGUUCAGCGGGACUCAUGUGGAGAGGGAUUUUGUGGAAGCUCCGUCUCAGAUGUUGGAGAACUGGGUCUGGGAGAAGGAGCCCCUGCAACGCAUGUCCAAGCACUACAAAACAGGAAACCCCAUUCCAGAGGAGCUUCUUGAGAAACUCAUCAAGUCUAGACUUGCUAACACAGGACUGUUUAAUUUAAGACAGAUUGUUCUGGCUAAGGUGGACCAGGCUUUGCACACAAAGAGUGGGCUUGACCCGGCUGAGGAAUAUGCCAGACUUUGCCUGGACCUCCUGGGAAUUCCUUCUUCACCAGGGACAAACAUGCCUGCUACCUUUGGUCACCUGGCAGGAGGAUAUGAUGCUCAGUACUACGGUUACCUUUGGAGUGAAGUCUUCUCCAUGGAUAUGUUCUAUGCCCGUUUCAAACAAGAGGGAAUCAUGGACCCUAAGGUGGGUCUGGACUACAGGAAGUGCAUUCUAAAGCCUGGAGGAUCUGAGGACGCUGCUGACAUGUUAAAGAAGUUCCUGGGAAGAGAACCCAAGCAGGAUGCUUUCCUCCUCAGCAAAGGACUCACGGUUGAGCUGCAGCCAGGCAAGCCCUGCGCCUGCUGACUGCCUGAAUGUUAGGCUAAGCACUGAAAGCCUCAGACUGAUACCUCCUUAAUAAAAAAAAAACCAAAAAGCUCAUACACUUAUCACACAUUCUCUCAACCCUGCACUUGUGCAAAGAGCUUUCACUAUGAAAGUUAGAAGCAUUGUUUUAAAAUUGAAAAUUGUAUUGACAUCUGUCUAAAAAAAAUAUAUAUAUACAAAUGA